CGCCGGCCGACUCCACAUCGGCGGAAGGGCGAGCGGAGAGCCGGGGGGAGAUGGACGGCGCCGGCGGGGACGAGCUGGACAUGGAUGUAAUGAAGCCUUUAAUUAAUGAACAAAAUUCAGAUGGCAUCUCAGAUGAAGAGCAUGAAAAUGAUUUCCUACCAGUUGAGAAACAUUACCAGCUUGACAAUGAAGAAGGCAUUACAUUUAUACAGACACUUACACAUCUUCUCAAGGGGAACAUCGGAACUGGACUUCUUGGUCUUCCACUUGCAAUAAAAAAUGCUGGCAUUGUGAUCGGACCAGUCAGCCUUGUGUUCAUAGGAGUUAUGUCUGUUCAUUGUAUGCACAUCUUGGUACGUUGCAGCCACUGUCUAUGUCAGAGGAUGAAAAAGUCCUCACUAGGGUAUAGUGAUACGGUUAGUUACGCCAUGGAAGCGGGGCCCCUGACUGCUCUUCAGAAACGAGCUUCUUGGGGACGGUAUAUCGUUGACUUCUUUCUAGUGAUAACACAGCUGGGAUUUUGUAGCGUUUAUAUUGUGUUCUUGGCAGAAAAUGUGAAACAAGUCCAUGAAGGAUUCUUGGAAAACAAGACUGCUUCAGUAAAUGUCAGUGCCACCAGCAGCUCUUCUGAGAAAAAGAGUACUGAUUUACGAAUAUACAUGCUAUGUUUCCUGCCAUUCAUGAUCCUCCUAGUCUUUAUUCGUGACCUUAAGAGGCUGUCCUUGCUUUCAUUCCUUGCCAAUCUGUCUAUGGCUGUCAGCCUGGUGAUCAUUUACCAGUACAUUGUUAGAGACAUAGUAGAUCCUCUAAAAUUGCCUCCUGUGGUUGGCUGGAAGAAAUACCCACUAUUUUUUGGGACUGCAAUAUUUGCUUUUGAAGGAAUUGGUGUGGUACUCCCAUUGGAAAACAGAAUGAAGGACACCAUGCGUUUUCCUCAGGCACUGAACAUUGGCAUGGGAAUAGUCAUGGCCUUGUACAUCUCUCUAGCCACUCUAGGCUAUCUGCGCUUUGGGGAUGAAAUCAAAGGCAGCAUAACUUUAAACCUCCCACAAGAUCUGUGGUUGUAUCAAUCUGUGAAAAUUCUGUACUCCUUUGGGAUUUUUGUGACCUACUCAAUUCAGUACUAUGUCCCUGCGGAGAUUCUCAUUCCAGCUGUCACCUCCAAAGUGGAGCAGAAGUGGAAGUUGCUCAGUGAGCUUGUGGCGAGAGCACUAUUAGUGUGCUCAACCUGUGCUGUAGCAAUUUUGAUCCCUCGCCUGGACCUGGUGAUUUCUUUUGUCGGAGCCGUCAGCAGCAGCACUCUGGCACUCAUUCUGCCACCUCUGGUUGAAAUCCUCACUUUCUACAAGGAAAACUUAAGUUUAUGGACAAUAUUUAAAGACAUUUUUAUAGCUGUCAUUGGUGUUGUUGGUUUUUUAACGGGGACAUAUGUGACAGUUGAAGAAAUCAUUUACCCUGCAUCCACGGUUCUAGCUAACACAUCAGAGAGCAUCUCUAUCGAUUUAAAUGCUACGAACUUGGUUGGUUUCAAGUAAUAACCAGGCACUGUGAACUAUUUUGUUCCUCAAUAAAAAAUCCUAGAUUGGUGGCAGACCUACAUGUGGGACAAAUUCCAUUUCCAAAUGAUUUUUUUAAAAAGAGCAUGCAGCCCUUUCUCACUCUGUUGUUAUUUUCCUUCAUUCAUUCCCAACUGCUACCUGAAUUAAUCCCUUUGCUCUCAGCCUCUACUCGUCUAGUGAAAAACUGAAUUGAUGUCAGGAUGUAAAAUAUUGGCAUAAAUAUAGGAAGGAAAUGUGAUUUUAGGUUAUUUUUGAGGGGAAAACUAAGAAAGUUUUUAUAAGGAAGUCAAGAUGCCUUCCUCUGCAGAAAUGGUGGAAGUCAACCCAUUCAUCAGGUCUAGGCACCAAAUCUGUGUGCUGCUGUUUUCACUCCGACUCUGUUGUAAGGUUUGGAGUGAGAGCUCAGUGAUGCAUAGACCUUCCCUUGACUGCCCUUGACAGGGUGAAUACACCCCAGGGAACCAGAGACACUAUAGGUUUAGAAAUGAGAAUUUGAGUUUUUCAUUUCCAUGCUGAGAACUUAAAUGUUUGCUGUGGCAAAGUUUUUGGAUAGUUGUCUGGCUCAGGUUCCUGGGAACUGGGAUGCCUGGAAUUAGAGUCUACUGUGCAGAAUGACUCUGAUUCUUGCUCGAUCUUUUCAUGUUGGCUCCGAAAGGAGUUUUUCAAGUGUUUGGAAGGACCAAGCCCUCACUGCUAGUGGUUGCUUACAUGACAGUAAGCAUAAAGCUUUAUUUUAUUUUUCAUGUUGAGUAGCUUAACAUUUAAGCUGAGUAAUGGACAAAACUGUAAAGUAAGGUUUAGAGGUAAAGGCAGGAUCUUUUUUUAUUAGACCAAAAGAUAGCCCGUUAGGAGCCUUCUUGCCAUCUUACAUGAUCUGUUAUGAUGUGUUGCUGUACAAUGAGCUCUUUAGCAUGGCCAGACCUCUGUUCCAGACAGAGGUCUGACUGUCCAGACCAGCUUAAAGCUUCACAGUGUUCAUUUCUAUAUGAGAAAGGAAAGUAUGAGACACAACUUUCUAGAAUUUGUGUCAUACUUCCAGAGCUAUCAGCUGUGAGUUAUUUGUGAAAGAAUUUGUGAUUCCCCAGCGCUGUGAGCUGGGGGGAUGGGGCACCAAGGAUAUCUGUUUUGGAGCCCUUUCUGCCUCAGGUGCACCACCUGCCUGCAGGUUGUCUGAAGGAGUGACUCAGGACUUGCUUUCAGCUACUGGUACUUGAUAGAGAGGUACAGUUUAUAUGAGGUGUAGAGCAUACAUGUGAAAAUACAUUAUUUUUAAAGAAAUUAUAGAUCCUUUUUGGAUUUUGAGUGAAAAGUUACAGGAUGUUAUUUAUCAGAGCAAUAUAACUUUCAUGAUGCAAAAAUAUCAGGAACGAUAAGCAGUUUAAUUUUGUACAUUUUGGUAACUGCUGUCCUGACCCAUUUUUACACCAUAUCUUUAUCCUUGAUUUCAGCUGUACAAAUGUAUGAACUAGUCUAUUUUUUCUAUCUGUUGCUAGAAGUGAGUAGACUGCCUCUUGCAUAUUUCUAUUGGAAUAGAUAAUAAUUAUUUUUGCAUUUUAUGUUGUGCCUUAAAUAGGAUCUAACAUUCCCUUUACUGACUUUUGCUUCUUUUGUUUAUUUUAGAAUAAAAAAAGAGCAAGUUGAUAAGUUAGUAAUUGGGUAGAAAUGAGUUUUGUUUAGCAAGCCUGCAUCCUCAGUCCCCUGCCAGAAUUCUCAUUGUCAGGACUCGUAUUUCACUUUCCAUUCACGCUUCAUAAAUGACUUUCACUCUAAAUACUAAAGCUAUAAUUUUGAUCUUGUUUACUAAAAACACUCUAUAUUUUGUAUAAUAGUACUGUAUUUAUCACGCUCAUUCCUGUGUCAGAGACUACUUUCUCUAAGGAAUAUUUUAAUUGUAACAUUCCCCCACUAAAAAAACACCUCUCUACUGUUUUCUUGCAAAUUAGAAAUAUAUGUAAUAUUUUACUUACCUUCAGUAUAUUCCUCAGAAAUCUACCAUUUGUAAUCUACCAUUUGGCUUUAUAGUGCUAGAAUAAUUUACUGUUAGAUAUAUCUGCAUUUGUUUUCCAUUCAGAGUAUUUCCCUAAUAUGGUGGUUAUGGCCCAGCUGAGCACAAGGACCAUGCAUCUGCUUGCUCACUCCUCUCUGGUCAUGGUGGGGUAGGGAAGAGAAAAGUAACUGAGGGCAUCAUCAAAAUCCCCAAGGACAGAGAGGGUUCACUCGCCACUUAUGGUCCUGGGUAGGACUGAUAGGAUUUAAAUUUAAGUAACUUUUUCUGUUAGUUUUGUAUCGUUCUACCCAUAAUAAGUUUGGAGAAGAAAGGACUGUCAGGUCCGUAUAUAUCAUCCAUUCUGCAUCAAUUGUGUCUGAGUAAGCAGCUCUGAGAAAGUGCUUCUGCCAGGUGCAGAAGGACUUGCCAGUUCAGAGUUUAGUGGUGAUCUUUUGGCUGGUGCAAGUGAGUACUGACACGGUACUGUCAAUGGAGAGUUGCCAAGCUAGAACCUAGACAGAUGGCCUUGGUACCCAAGUGAAUGCAGCAUGCAUUCUUGAAAGUAAGGGAACUUGUUUAGAAGCUUGAUAGGUUUGAGAAAUCUAGUCUUAGCCAUCAAGCUUUUGAUAACUUAGCCCAAAUACAAACCCUUACACAUGCUUGUGUCUGGCCAGAAGCAGAUUCUUAUAGCAGAGUAUUGCCACAGACUGACCGUAUCUGAAGGAGUGUGUUCAUACAGUGGGCUAGCGUUGCCAUGUGUCGUAAUGUCGUAUUUUGUAGUCUGUAGAAUGUUUAUGACUGUGCUUUGCACAAUGUUGACUUUCUCAAUGUUGAUUUUCUCCUACAGUGUAGGAUUUUUGUUAUUUUACCAUUCAUACAGUGCAUUUGAGGGGCCUGCUCUUUCAAAUAGAGUCAGAAAUCAGAGUAUCUUGCUUUGGGUAGUAACAAACUACUGAGUCUGAAUAAUAAGAGUGUUCCUGUGAAACAUUGCCAAAGAUUUAAAAGACAGGAAAUUCUGACACAAACCUCUUCUCAAUAAUAAGAGUUUUCAUUCAGCUUUUCAAGUGCUGUAAUAUACAUUGCAAGUUAAGAUACAGGGAAUGAAACUGAGAGAUUUAAUAGCUAUGGUUUAUGUUAAUAUAUGUUUAAGAUGGAAAUGUACUUUAGCACAAGCUAAAUUAAACUGAAAAAUUUAUGUGAUUGGCUUAUGUUCCUGACAAGGAACAGAAAGCUACUGUAUUUAUAUACUGUCCUUGCACUUAUAUUUUACAGUAUGUUAUUGUUAACAGUUUUAAUGUUAUUUAAUCAUUAGCUGCAUUAUAAGUAACUGGCUCAUUUUCUUGUCUGUAACUGUUCAUCUUCAAAUAUUGGGCAAGUAAGAGGGUGGGUUUGCCUAAUGUUCUGUGACUUAAAUCUUCUGUCAAUAAAGACUAUAAUAAUAUUCCCCUGUUAAAUCUCUGUUACCCUGCCUGUCACUGCUACUACAUCACUAGGAGAAAUAGCUGUCUUAAUGCAGUGUUUGCCUUUGAAGUUGUCCAGGGAAUGGCAAGUGAGUGUCUUGAGACAGGCAAGCACAAGAGCUGACUUUUCAUUACUAGUAAAUCUUCUGCAUCUUUUUAGAGGUACUUUAGUAAAUAAGUUAAUUUCUGGAAGUGCAAAGGGAGCCAGGAGAUCCCACUGAAAUUCCAGUUUCUAUUUGGACAGCUGCGAACUAAAAGCCAGACCUUGUAAAUUGGACAAACUCUUGCAUAUUUGGCGUGGACUUGGCCUUAACUCUGAGUAUGGAGUGUUGGAUAAUUAGGUAUGGAAGAAAUUGGUACUGCAAGUUCUGUACUUUCUAUGUAAAUUGGAAAUUAGUAGAUGGAAGCGAAGGUGGCAGCAUAAGCUUUUGUGUUCUCACCAAUUAUCGGAUUCCAAUUUGGAGAUCUAAUUUUGCACAAGUUCUUAUAUUCCCCAUUUUAAUAAGAGGCCCUUUGAAGGUCUGCUCAGUGAGGCAUCCAAAAACACCCAAGCCAUUAUAAGAGUUGCCUGUAUAAAUACAAUUUAGAGAGAAGCAGUGUACCAACGUCCUUGAGAGUGGUCCAGCAGAAAGCUUGGUUUAUAAAAAGAAUCAUAGAAUGAUCCAAAAGUCUUCUAACACCAGCAGAGAUUGGUGCAGCCCCUGCACUCCUCAAUUCAAAAAGUGCUGACAUAGAGUAGAAACUGACUGCUGCUGCACAAAAGGGAGUUUCUGAAGUCAUAGCUGGUUUGGGGAAACAAUGGAGAUCUCCAGAACCCACACCCCAUAUAACUCAUAUGUCUGUCAGGUAACCAGUAUGUGAUAACUUUGUUGUUACUUUGCUAAUUUUCAGCAUGAAUUCUCUGCCACUUAAAGUUCUAUAUUGCUAUUA